AUGGCUAGUACUGGCCCCACAGUAACAGAGCAUGUCAGCGAGAGCGAUAUCGAUGAUUAUGGUUAUGACUUUUCGCCCGAAGAAGAGCAAAUAGUCGAACGCCUCCUGGCAGGCAACACCAUCGAGGACGACAGCCCGAUAACGAACGAAACCGAACACUACGAUGCGCGGCAGACUCUCAAGCUGCCUCGCGUGUUUGGCCGAGAACAGCGGUCUCCUCUGCUCCAGGCGGCCAGGUCCGCAGAGCAAGCUGCAGAACAGAUCGCCCUGUCUGUUAAGGGUGGCGAGCACCCGCGUCCGAGGGAUCUUGCUGCAGAGAAUGCGCUUGGGUUUGGCAACGGCAUUGCUGAGGAGCCUCCGAAGGAAAAGGAAGACCCAGCACGCCCGGAUCUCAGGUCGCCGAUAGAACGAUUUCGAACGCAGCCGAAGAAGACGCUUUCUGUUACGGAUCUGGUCUCGCCUGCGUGGUGCGAAUUGCAAUAUUGGUACACUCUGACCAAGCAUGGGAGAAAACGGCGCACACCCGCGAUGAAAGCGGGAACUCGAGUCCAUAAGGUGCUGGAGGAUCAAGUUCAUACCACGGUCAAGGUGGAUGUACAGACGAAGGAAGAUGCUUGGGGCCUUAGGAUAUGGAACGUAAUACAAGGGCUGCGGACCCUACGAGCAACCGGACAAACCAGGGAGCUGGAAAUCUGGGGUACGGUGGACGGGCUGGUUGUCAAUGGAGUCAUUGACGAACUGUCAUACAUUUGCCCGGAUGCCGAUCUCGAAGAGUCUCUAAGAUCUCCUUCUCCCAAAACAGUCUCCGAUCAAACUACGAUUGCAGAUUUCUUCAAAGUUACGGGCGGUGCAACUUUGAAAGAAGCCAGUCAAACAAAACGUCGCACUCGGACCAAGAAAGUCUAUUUGUGCGAUGUCAAAACUCGAGGAGCGCGCAGCGUUCCCACGGCUUCGGCGUUCCUCCCUACAAAGAUUCAAUUGAUGCUGUAUUAUCGGUUGCUUGCCUCUCUAGCCACAAAUACGGUCGACUUCUCUGUGUUGGCUGCACGCUACAAUCUCGACCCUACCAAGGUUCUCUCUGAUGCCUUUAUUGCUCAAGUCGGAAGUCUGAACGACGAGUUUUUUGACGCGCCAACAGAACCGACAUCGAGUUCAGGGUCUGGGACGAGCGCGACUCAGGACUCGAUGAGCAUACUGCUAGCUCACAACACACUCAAUCUUCUCUGGUCGCUGAUGAUCACAGAGUUUCAAUUGACGCUGCCAGAUGGCGUAGAUUCUCUCGGUCGUAUAUUGAAAGCAGAGUACAGAUCACGAGACGAUGGAGAGAUUAUAGGAGUAAAGACCGUGGCUAUGAACGAUGAGCAUCUGACCACAUUCAUUGACCACGAAAUGGAAUGGUGGAAGGGUCAGAGGCAGGCCGAAGGUGUUGUUGAAGAGGAGGCAUUCAAGUGCAGGAGCUGCGAUUUUGCGGAUGAGUGCGAAUGGAGAAUCAAAAAGAUUGACGAGGCGAAAGACAAAUACUCCAUGAAUGCAGAAUACGUCGCCAACUUUCGAGACGAACCGUCCGGUCCGCACACCUUACAGGCGUCAUGUACGCAUAACUCCCUAGAUCAACCUACAAACCACGAAGUACCUCCCCCGCAAGCCAACCACGCAUUCAAAUCCGGCCUCGUCAGUCCCGCCACACUCCCCUACAGCGCAUCUCCACUCCACGCAAACGUUCCAUACGCGUUCUUGUCCGCCUUGAACUCCCGCGCCAGCUUCCCUGCUCCAGCCGUGCCGUUCGCAACGACGUUUGCGUAUAGGAAGGAGGUCGUUGGAGGGAGGAGUUUAACGAGUUGGUCGGAGACGACCUGGAACUGGCCUGCGCUUGUUGCUGGAGACGAGACGCUACACUGGGCAACACUCGGAUCAGCAAACGCAUCUUAA